GGGGAAGAUAUCUCUUAGCUUGUGAUAUUGCACUACUAGGGAAGCAUAAGUACUUCAUGAUGUACAAAAGUUGACAGAGCAGCUUUAGGAUUCACUCUUUUUGAUUCGUCAUACAUAGCACGAGGCUAAGACAGCACAUCCCAUCAUGAGGGUCACAACAAUUCUCGCACUUCUUCCUUUGGCUCUUGCAGCCCCAGCGCGGCUCGAAAAGCGCGCCAAUCCCACAGUCAUUGCACCAUCACCACAAGCAACAGUGGUUGGUAGCAACAUCCUUGGUGUCGAAGCCUUCAAAGGCAUCCCCUAUGCUCAACCACCCGUUGGCCAGCUUCGCCUCAAACCACCUCAGCCUCUCACCUCUGCCCUUGGAAAAGUUGACGGCACUGGUAUCCCUAGAGCAUGUCCGCAGUUCUUCUUCAGCGUCGAUCCUGCUGCUUUCCCGACCAACGUUCUUGGUGUACUCCUUAAUACGCCACUAUUCCAGGCUGCUACCAAUGCCGGAGAAGAUUGCUUAACCAUCAACGUUCAACGACCAGCAGGUACAAAAGCAGAUGCUAAGUUACCCGUCCUCUUUUGGAUCUUUGGUGGUGGUUUUGAGCUCGGCUCAACUGCUAUGUAUGACGGCACCAGCCUUGUCGCAGAGUCAGUUGCGCAAGGCAAACCCAUUGUCUUCGUAGCCGUCAACUAUCGCGUCGGCGGGUUCGGCUUUAUGCCAGGGAAGGAGAUCUUGGCAGAUGGCUCGGCAAACUUGGGACUUCUUGAUCAACGUCUAGGCCUACAAUGGGUGGCCGACAAUAUCGCCGCUUUCGGGGGCGAUCCCGAAAAGGUCACCAUCUGGGGCGAGAGCGCUGGAGCCAUCUCUGUGAUGGAUCAGAUGAUGUUGUAUGAUGGCAACAUCAAUUACAAAGGCAAGCCACUAUUCAGGGCGGGCAUUAUGAACAGUGGAUCAGUCGUGCCUGCCGAUCCAGUAGACUGCCCUAAAGGACAAGCAAUUUACGAUACCGUCGUCCAAAAAGCAGGCUGUUCGGGUUCCGCAAAUACACUCUCCUGCCUCCGCGACGUCCCCUAUACCAAACUCCUUAACGCAGCCAAUUCCGUCCCAGGAAUCCUAUCCUACUUCACAGUCAAUUUGUCUUACCUCCCCCGCCCUGAUGGCAAAGCUCUCACAGCCUCCCCAGAUGUCCUCGCAGCCGCCGGGAAAUACGCCAAAGUACCCUUUAUCGUCGGCGACCAGGAAGACGAGGGCACAUUAUUCGGCCUCUUUACGCCUAAUCUGACCACCACAGCGGAGAUUACGACGUACCUCACAAGCAUCUUCUUCAACAGUGCGAGUCCGACACAGAUCGAUCAGCUAGUAGGGAGUUAUCAAACCAUCACAGAGGAUGGGAGUCCGUUCCGCACGGGAUUGUUGAACAACAUUUAUCCGCAAUUCAAGCGCGUUGCCGCUAUGUUAGGAGACUUCACAUUCACCCUUACACGCCGUAUCUUCCUCGAGGUCUCCAGCCAAGUCAAUCCCGACGUGCCAUCGUGGUCAUACCUCGCAACCUACAACUACGGUACCCCGAUCAUGGGGACGUUCCAUGGCUCAGACAUCCUGCAGGUUUUCAAUGGUAUUUUGCCCAACAACGCGGCGAAAACAAUUAGAGGCUACUACUACUCGUUCAUAUAUAAUUUAGAUCCGAACGUAGGAAAUAAUUUUGGGGAGUGGCCGCAGUGGAGUAAGAGCAAGAAGUUGAUUGAAUUUCAGGCGAAUAAGAAUGAGUAUCUGGAUGAUAAUUUUAGGAGCGACACCUACGAUAUCUUGAAGAAGAACGUAGCAAGUUUGAGAGUGUAA